GGCCCAGGGGCUGGCUGAUAAAGGGCAUCACCCCAGGACCCUGCAACAGGUACGGGCCAAAGAACUGCGCCAGCGGUACAUGAAAGCCCGAGAGCAAUGGUCCUCAUCAGGUGCAGCCCCAGUGCACUGUGCCUACUACAGUAAACUUGACCGCAUCCUCGGAGGCCGGGAACCGAUGUCUGCACCGGUGCUCGUCCAGACUGGGUUGCCCACACCGGUGCAGCAGAGAUGGCAGGAGGUCCCCCAGGAAGAUGUGGAGGAGGAGGAGGAGGAGCAGACACAGGAGACUGUGACCCUGAUCCUGCAGCCUGUCCUGGACACAGAGGAAGCCUUGCAGCCAUCCUCCGACCCAGGUGAAGGAACAUCAGCCAGACCUGCUGCAGCUGACCGCCGGGCAACACCGGUGCCACCACCCACCCAGUCCCAUAGCACCCGCAGGCAUUGGAGGGCCUACAGUGACCUCCUGCGGCGGCAUGUCGAUGCCAUGGAGAAGAUGGAGGGGACCAUGGCAAAAAUCCAAGAGACCAUGGCAGAGAGAGCAUGCUGGCAUGAUCACCUGCUCACUGAGUAUCUCCUCCAGUGGAGUGCCAUGUCCUCUCCCACUGGGGACUCCUCCUGUCCAUCCAGCCCCUACCCCCCCUUUCCCUCCCUCAGCCUCUGGAGCCCCAAUUCAAGCCCGAGGACGUCAGGGUGCACGGACACGAGGAGGUGGCAAAGUCUUUCGGCCCAGGCGAUAUCGCCAGGACCCUUAAGCUGUCUGCCCUUCCUCCUCCACCCCUCCAGGUUGACAUCCCCCCUCCCACCCCAGUUAAAACUCAGGGUAAAAGUUCAACACAAAGUUUAUUUUGUAACAGUUGUUUAACAAUUCUAUUUUCAUAACACUUCAACAUUCUAUUCUUACUACUUAAUAAACAUUAUAUUUUUCAUCUUUAACCUGGUGUGUGUGUCUUAAAUUUUUGCAGGCUGAUGCGGGGAUGGAUUGUGGGAGGGAAGGUUUUGGGACGGGAGAGCCCAGGCCCACAGGCACUAUUGGGUUCCAGGUGAAAAGCUCUCACACAGAGCCUCCCAGAUGCGAAAUCCCACCUGAGGGGCUUGGCGAACGGCAGCUGUCCGAGACUGCGCAAACCUCCUCUCCUCUUCAGCCAUUAGCCCCCAACCUGGGAGGAAGGCCUCCCCUUCGCUCUCCACCAGGUUGUGGAGGAUGCAACAU